AUGUCGAGCGUGCUCCCCCUGUCCCAGCGCAAGAACCCGGGCGUUGUGUGCCUGUUUGAUGUCGACGGCACGCUGACGCCUGCGCGUCAGACUGUCUCGAAAGAGAUGCUCGACACGCUCAAGGAGCUGCGCAAGCACACGGCCAUCGGCUUCGUGGGCGGCAGCGAUCUAAAGAAGAUCCGCGAGCAGCUCCAGUUGCCGAACGCCGAGGACUUCCUGGACGACUUUGACUAUGGCUUUGCCGAGAACGGCCUCACGGCAUACCGCAUGGGCAAGGAGCUGCCGAGCGAGUCGUUCAUCAACUGGCUCGGCGAGGACAAGUACAAGAAGCUGGUCAAGUUCAUCCUCGGCUACAUCUCCCAGCUGGACAUCCCGGUCAUGCGUGGCACCUUUGUCGAGUUCCGCCGCGGCAUGGUCAAUGUGAGCCCGAUUGGCCGUAACGCAUCCAUCCAGGAGCGCAAGGAAUUUCAGGAGUUUGACAAGCAGGCCAAGAUCCGCCCGGCAUUUGUCGAGGCGCUCAAGAAGGAGUUCCCGGACUACGGCCUCACGUACAGCAUCGGCGGCGAGAUCUCCUUCGACGUCUUCCCGGCCGGUUGGGACAAGACGUUUGCGCUCCAGCACCUCAAGGAGUCCGACGCGGACCUCCCGGGCGGAUACAAGGAGAUCCACUUCUUUGGCGACAAGACUUUCCCGGGUGGAAACGACCACGAGAUCUACUCGCACCCGAGUGUCAAGGGCCACGCCGUCACCAGCCCGGAGGACACCAUGGCCCAGCUCAAGGAGCUCUUUUUGCAUUAA